CCCAGCCACCAUGGUCCACGUGAGGGCGUCCGAAGUCCGGCAGCUGCGGCACAACAAGUUCGUGGUCGUCAUGGGGGACUCGGUGCAGAGGGCCGUGUACAAGGACCUGGUGCUCCUGCUGCAGAAGGACUGCCUGCUCUCAAGCAGUCCCCUGAAGGCCAAGGGCGAGAUGAGCUUCGAGCAGGACAGGCUGCUGCACGGCGGCGGGUGGGGCCGUAUGCACAACGGGACCCACUACCGCGAAGUCCGCGAGUUCUGCUCCACACACCACCUUGUGCGCCUCUACUUCCUCACACGCGCCUACUCCCGGUACGUGGAGAAAGUCCUGCUGGAGCUGCUGAGGGGCGAGCACGGCCCAGACGUGGUCAUCAUGAACUCCUGCCUCUGUGACCUGUCCAGGUAUGGCCAGGAUUCCAUGUGGAGCUACAGGAGGAACCUGGAGACCCUGUUCUGGUGCCUUCGCUAGGUCCUGCCCGAGUCCUCUCUCGUGGUGUGGAACACUGCCAUGCCAGUGGCUGAGACGGUCUCGGGGGGUUUCCUCCCGCCUGAGGGCAUGCCCCCGACCUCGUGCCUGCGGGAUGAUGUGGUGGAGGCCAACUUCUACAGCGCCGCUGAGGCCAGCAGGCUCCGCUUCGACGUGCUGGACUUGAAUUUCCACUUCCGGCACUGGCAGCACAGGCAGGCAGAUGGCGUGCACUGGAACCAACACGCUCAUCGAAGGCUCUCGCAGCUGCUGCUGGCCCACCUGGGCGACAUCUCGGGCGUGGACCUGCCCUGCGACAACCCGGUUCCCAGGUGCUUCCGGCGGCACCGCCAUGGCUCCAGUUUGCCCUGGAACCAAUCCCUGCAGCGCCAGCCAUGCUCUGGCGACCCCUCUGCACUGCACACUAGGUAUGGCAAGGAAGCAAACCUGACAGCUGGCCGGCUGCCCCGCAACGCCGGAAUACAUACGGCCUCUGAUAAGCACCAGCGCCGCGUGGUUCACCGGGCUUCUCCGCCUUACCCUCCAGGUACGCCCCGCAGAGCCACAGAGGUGCAGGGGGACGGACCGCAGCCACCAGCAUGCAGGUCUGGAACACCUCCAGCCACCCCUCCACCCCUCUCAGCAAGGACAAGCCUUACUCGCUGCGAGUUGGGGAAAGGAACAGAUAUCAGACGUGCACACUCACGGUUGUCUCCUCCUUGCCUUGAUGCACAAACUAACCGCGAAUUAAAAAAGUGCGUUCAGAAACACAGUGUCUGUCUCUGCGAAGGCCUUGUGGGGCUGCGCCCUGGCAGUGUGUCCAUAAUGGAUCAGUGUAGCCUGUCACUCCCAUUAUGUUCUGGGUGCCUUUCGGGGCAAGGAGCAGGGCGCCCAGACGCCUCCUCGGGGGCUUCUGCUGCUUUCAGGGCCAAAGAGGCAAUCAGGCGAAAUCCAUUCCUUCCAAUUACCAGUAGUUUCUGUAGAAGAGUUAUUUGUUCAGAAAAGCCCCGAGGUUGA